UUCCAUCUUGCAUCGUUACUCCAUGUAUCUCUUAUCUUUUCCCUCGCUGAAUUUGCUCCUUAUAAAUUUUAUUCUCUCUCCCCUCUCGACGAAAGGGCUAGAGAAAAAGGUUAGACAUGGCAGCAGAUGUCAGCUCAAUCGUGAACAGUACUAGAAAUUCAGAGAUUUUGAUCACAAAAGACUUGCUUGGAGGGUUUUCAAAGGUUGCUAACAAAGAUUUGGAUCUGGACUUACAAGUCACAAAAACUUGGGACGCGCCUCAUGAUUUCAAGUCUUCAGGGAAGGUAUACUCACAGAGAUGUAAUUCUGUAAGCUCACCAUUACCAUCCCCUAACAGCAUGAAGAACCACAAACAGAGAACAGCCCAAGAAUCAGAGGUUCAAGAUUCUAAGUUUCCACCAUUAAAGUUCUUGGAAGAAAGUUGCCUGGAAUUGAAACUUGUACCGUCGAGUCACUGUCAAAGUGUGUGCACGCUUGACAAGGUAAAAUCUGCUUUGCAAAGAGCAGAGAAAGAGACCAUGACUAAGAAGAGAUCUCCUCCACCACCAUACCCACAAACCAGUGACAUCAAAGAAGACAGAAAUGGCACUGCAUCCUCUUCAACAGGAGUGUUCGCUGCUGCUUGUCCUGGUUGCUUGCUCUAUGUGAUUACUUUGAAAACAAAUCCCAAGUGCCCUAGUUGCAACUCUAUCGUCCCAUCUCCAUCGGCUACAAAGAAGCCCAGAAUUGACCUCAAUGCUUCACUUUGAUCUUGUAACCAUGGGGAUCAAGAUUCCCAGAAGAGGAGAACUAGUCUAGUGCUAGGUGCUAAAUACUUCCAAAUUAUUAUUUGUGGAUGAAAAAAAUAGUAGGUUAUUCUGUUUAUAUGUUGUAGGCCAACCUAGGAUUAGGUGAAAUUAACCACCGAUAAUUGUCUUGGUGUUGAAAUUCUUACAAGAAGUUAAAUAGAUUUAAAGCCA